CUUCCGGUUGGGGAUUUUCUGUAUUUUGCAGCAAGUAAAACGACUAUCACGACCUGGGUAGACGAUCCACCAUGAGCACAUUUUGUGGACAAAUGCGGGAGUACUCCCGGAUAUCCCUGGACAGAUUUGACAAGGAGAACCUGGAGAGUACUGCGUUUUUCUUGUCUCAUUGUCAUACUGACCACAUGGUAGGAUUGAGCUAUCCUAGCUUCCUUUAUCGUCUGAACUCAUGCAGAGACAUAAAGCUUUAUUGCUCUGAAGUAACCAGACAGAUAUUGUUGCACAUGCAGGAUGGCAAUUACAAACACCUGGACAAGCAUGUGGUCGCAUUAUCUGAAAACAACCCAACAAGAUUAAGGAUACCAAAUUUUUCUGGAAAGGCGGAAGAAGUGGUGGUCACUUUGAUCCCAGCAGCCCAUUGUCCAGGCUCUGUGAUGUUUUUGUUUGAGGGGGAAGAAGGAACCGUCCUAUACACUGGUGAUUUUAGACUAGAAAAAGGUUCUGCAGCAAGAAUUCCACAACUGAAUUCGGGUUCUAGAUCCAAAAAUAUAAGAAGCCUUUAUGUUGACACCACGUUCUGCACACCAAAAGCAUUCCACAUUCCAAGCCGCCAGGAGUGUCGUGAUGUCAUCAUCUCUGUGAUUGACAGUUGGAUUCAGCUAAGCCCCGCCCACAUGGUUGUGCUGAAGGGCAAGGCUUCUCUGGGAUACGAGUAUAUUUAUGAGGAAGUAAACAAGGAGUUUAAACAAAAGAUUCAUAUAAGUGAACGCAAGAUGAAGAUGUACACAGGGGUGCCACAGAUCAGCAAGUGUUUCACCACUGAUCCCACGGGGACACAAGUACAUGCUUGUGAGUGGCAGUUUCAGGGAGAGUCCAGCACUUUGCCCUGUGGUCACAAACUGACCAGUGGAGAUGACCCCAGAGUUCUGACCAUUCUCAUGUCCACUAUGUGGUUCACCCAGGAGGUCCGUCCUCACGAAAUCAUCUGUGGUGAGAAAGGAUUUUAUAGGACAUGUUUUUCCUUCCACUCCUCGUACCAAGAGAUACGUGACUUUGUCAGUUAUCUCCAGCCUUGCCGUGUGUUCCCUAACGUUAUUCCCGUUAAGGAAGAUUUGGAAAAGGUACAAAAAAGACUGAACAGUUUUCUGAAACUGCCCCAUUUAUCGCGUGGUACAAUAGGUGGGGAGUAUAAGCCACUGGGCAUGCUCAACAGGAAGUGGUUUGAGAAGCGGAGAAAAAAGACGUCAGCUACCUCUACUGAGAAUUCUGAAGAGUUAGACCUCUCAGACACCCCACCCAAAAAGAGAAGCAGAAAGAAUUUGCAGGUUAACUCUGGGAAAGGAGACAGCAAUGGUGAUGGUAUGGAGGUCAAUGGUCUUUCAUUUAGUCCUGACACAGUGAAAGGCAACUUCAUGGAAGCUCGUGGGAAUGAUGAUGAUAAUGAUAACAGUCAGGAGCAAAGAGAAGACAGUGAUUCUUACAUCACCGAUGAAGAAAUUGACCGGUUUUCUCAACCCGAGGGUGGUUUGGAUCUUUUUGAUGAAGAGGCAAGAAAAGGCGAUGGAGAUCAUCAGGCAGAGGUGGUGGCGGAGGACCAGUCCCAGAAGGAAAUGGAGAAUCGAAAAGUGGAAUCUGUCUCAUUGUCGUGGGAUUGCAUAUUCACAGAGUAUAGCCAGUCUCUUACGUACAUGAGCGAUGGGGAGGAGGAAGAGGAAGAUGAACAGGUAAAUGACCAAAGAAAAUAUAUUAAAAAUGGUUGCCAUGGCGACCAAGAGGAGACCUUAUUGGUCAAUGGCAUCACCUCGGAAGAGAAAGGGAACAACACGCAGACUAAUUCAGAAAUGCAUAUUGAGAGCAGUUCAGGCAAUGUCAUGGUUUCUCCUCCUGAUUUUCCCUCAAGUGGAAAAUCAGUUCUGGCCAGUAAAAACACAAUGCCACUAUCAAAUGCUGCUGACAGUAAAAUCCAUAGCAGCAAGGAACAGUUGGAAAAUGAUGUUGUUAUUGAUGCUGCUGCUGAAAGUUCUUGUAAAAAGACAGUGGAUGAUGACAUAUUAAACACUAGUUGUCCAACUGACAGUGAUGUUACCAUCUCCCCCCAUUGUUCUCAGCAAAGUAUCGAAGGAAGAAAAAAUAAAUCCAUUACUGACAGCGAUGCCACUGUAACACCACAGUGCUCACAAGACACUUGCCUAAAUGGAAUAGAAGGGACGACAAGCACGGCUACCUCAAAUGUGACUAGCAAAAAGCAAAGAGAGAUGAACUCUGAAAAGAAUAAUGGUGAGAAUUCUGAUCUCCAUAAGGGCUUGGCUACACCAGAUGAUAAAAAUAAGGAUUGUGAUUCUGAAAGUGAUAAGUCUGUUAAUACUCCAGAGGAGAAUAAUGAUGACAUCAUAUUGUUGGAUGAUGUUGCUGGGAGUGCUAGGGCAGGUUUUUCACGCUAUCCUUUUCAGCAACGAUUCAGGGACGAGAGUAUGGCUGGAUCGAACACUGCCAAUCUGAAUCCAUGUGACAUGACUGUUGGCGCAUUUUUUGCUAUGAGGAGCAGGCAAAAACGACUGGAAAGACUUUUAGAAAUUGAGAAGAAACGGCCCCACCUAACAGCAGCACUUACCAACAACACAACCCUAGAUGGCAGCAUUUAUGCAAGACAAGGUAAUCCUACAGCCACAACAACUCUGAGGAGAGGGAAUGCCCCUAGUGAAGAUGAUGUUAUUGACCUUACUGAUGAAAUGCCUCUUGAAACUGGAACUACAGUCCGUGAGCUUCUUAGUGAUAGCGACGACAAUCUAAGCAGUUGCUAUGACAGUGAGGAAAUCUUCAGCGACGAUUCAGAUAGCAGUGAUCAUCUGAUCAAAGUCGGCCAUGUGCCAAAUAUACUAAGAGGUUCCAGUAGGGUUAGAGGCAUUGGGAGACCUGUCCCCUUUCAGUCCUUUCCUCGUGUACCCUUUCCCAAGCCCCCAAGACCAAGGGCCAUUUACCAGUCAGACGAGGUUAUUGUUCUGGGGAGCAGCGAUGAAGAGGAGGAAGAGGAGAAAAAAAUGUCUGAAUCUGUCACCGACAGUGCUAACCCACAAAGAGAUCAUAAUGACCAAGAAUUAACUAAUAGAUUUGAUAUUGUGGUGACUGAUUCUGAGGAGAAACAAUCAGCAGGAGUUGCUGGUGACCCUGAUUCUAAAUCUUCUGCGUCUGCUUUACACGCCACCGCUGACAAAAACUUUUCUUUAACCAAUCUAAAUAUGGAAACUUCAUUCAAAGAUUCAGUAGCAGAUUUGUCACAGGACGUUUGUUCUGUAACAGAAAAAUGUCACGCCAGUGAUGAUGGGAAUAGUGUUUUGACAAAAGACAGAGGAUGUAAACAAACAGCAGACAGUCCAGAUCAAGGGCAACAACCUUCAACUGGUGCAUCAGCUUCAGCCACAGACUCGGAGGAAGGGUCUUUCAUUGUUGAAAAAACACCUGAAACCAAAAAACCGAACUCGCAGGAGAUUUUGAAACUUCAAGAGGACAUAGCUGGUGGGAAGAUGGAUGACAUGUUCUCUGCAGUGAAGAAGAGAUGUGAUGACGGUCCGUAGAAUGGUGUGACCAUUGAAAAUUAAUAAGAGUGUGUGUGCGUGAAGUUUGCUGUUCUACCAUUUUUUUUUGUUUAAAUGCACUAAAUAGGUUUAUGUAUUUGCCGUACUUGAAACUAAAUAAUUAAUGAGUUUUUGUAUAAUAAUUAGUACUAUGGAAUGAUUAUAUUGAUGAAUAAUUAAAUAAUCUAGAAUCUUUGAUAUGUGAAUUAUCUGCUAAUUUGUAAAUAGUUAUCUUUUUAUUUAUCACCAUGAUUUAUUGAUUAUUAUUAAAGUUCAUUUGUAAUUUAUACUAUCA